AUGCUGCCCGGAGUUGCUGCUACUGCUUCGCCUGCUGCCCGGAGUUGUUGUUGCAGGUGUCUCGCUGGAGGAAAGAGGAGAGGAGAGGGGCGCCGAUUUAGAGUUGUUGCUGGUGCCUGCAAAAAAAAUAAAAUAAGAGGGGCGGAGGGGAAGAGGCGAAAAGAGGAGAGAAAGAAGAAGAGGGAGGCGGAGAGAGGGCGUGAGAAAGGAAAAAGAAGAGAAGAGGGAGGCGGAGAGUGGGAGGAAGAGCAGAGGAGACGGGAAGAGGGGGAAAGACGGGAGAGGGGAGAAGAGAGAGACGAAGGAGGAGCGAGAGGGAGAGCUCACCGGCGAUGGUGGCUUUCGCCGGAAAGAAAUGGGGAGAAAGGGAGAUGA